CUAGAGAGAGAGAGAGAGAGAGGGAGAGGCAGUGUCCAACUCCCAGUGUCCCACUACAAUGCAUACCUGCUCUUGAAUGUAAAACAGAAAUUGAAACUGUUUCAGUUACAGAGAGAGAGAGAGAGAGAGAGCUGGGUAUAUCUUGACUGGGCCUCGCCGGCCGAAAGCUGUCCUCUCUCUCUUUCUAUAUAUCUGCAGUUUGCACAUGUAUAGUUCUUCCUCCAAAACCAAGUAUUUUCGGUCAAUGGGUCUUGUGUGAAACUUCACAAGCUGUUCUGAAGAUCAAAAUUCUAAAUCAUUGAACAGGGUUUGUGGGUUUAUCUCAUUCAAUCUUCAUUCGUCGACUUUCGAGGUAUUGGAUAUUGGUUUUGUUAUGUGAAAAUUUGAGGUCUUUAGGUGGUUUAAUUUGUGCAUGAAGCAUUGAAGAACGACAUUUUUUAUGGGUUUUUGUUAUUGCUUGUGGAGAUUAGUUUGAAGGUAUUGCAUGGGGGUAAUCGGUGAUCAUUUUGGUGAAUCGGGGUUAAAUUUUUUUGAUUUGGAUUGAAUUUAGUCGAUCACUGAAUUUAGUUCAAUGGAUAUCGAAAAAGAGGGGUUUUUGUAAGGUUGGUUUUAGGUGGUGACUUUUAGGUGUUAAGGAGGGCUUUUUUUUUUUCGGUACUUAUUAGUGAAUUAUGGGUUGCAUUUGUGGUAAGGUUUCGGUAACAGAAGAUAGCCGGGAGAACACAAGGGAGAGACAAUUGAAUAAAGAGUCCUCGGAUUUACAUGUGCCUCGUGUCAUUUCAUCGAAAAGAGAGGAGAGUUUUCGGGUAAAGAAUAGACCAGGCAGUGGUGAUCUAAGAGUUGGAGUAGUUGAAAAGAAGGCCAAUAAUUCGAAAAGGGUGAGGGAUGAUCAUUUUGAGGGGAGGAAAGAGAAUUCUGAAGUAGUAGUCGUAAACUUUCCAGGGAUGGGAAGUGUUCCUAAAGCUAUGGAAGGAGAACAGAUUGCGGCAGGUUGGCCAUCUUGGUUUGUGGCAGUGGCGGGUGAAGCUAUCAAGGGAUGGCUGCCAAGGCCUUCAAAUUCUUUCGAAAAGUUAGACAAGAUUGGCCAAGGAACUUACAGUAGCGUGUACAAGGCUCGUGACCUCACUAAUAAUAAGAAAGUUGUUGCUUUAAAAAGGGUACGAUUUGAUAAUAUGGAUCCUGAGAGCAUCAAGUUUAUGGCAAGGGAGAUCCUUAUUUUGCGUAGGCUUGACCAUCCAAAUGUUAUCAAACUAGAAGGCUUGGUAAUAUCGCACACAUCAUGCAGUUUAUACCUUGUUUUUGAGUAUAUGGAGCAUGAUCUUACAGGACUGGCAUCGCUCCCUGGUGUCAAGUUCACGGAACCACAGGUUAAAUGUUACAUGCAGCAGCUGCUGAGUGGACUUGAGCAUUGUCAUAGUAAUGGUGUUCUACAUCGUGAUAUUAAGGGUUCAAAUCUUUUAAUUGACAAUCAUGGGAUCUUGAAGAUUGCGGAUUUUGGCUUAGCAAGCUUCUUUGAUCAUCACCAAUGUGCGCCCUUGACCAGCCGUGUAGUGACUCUUUGGUAUCGGCCGCCCGAACUUUUACUUGGAGCCACUCACUAUGGAAUUGCAGUGGAUCUAUGGAGUACUGGCUGCAUACUUGGAGAACUAUAUACUGGCAAGCCUAUCAUGCCUGGAAGAACUGAGGUAGAGCAAUUGCAUAAAAUUUUUAAGCUUUGUGGCUCGCCUUCUGAGGAUUAUUGGAGGAAAUCAAAACUACCUCAUUCAACAGUGUUCAAACCUCUGCAGCCUUAUAGACGUCGUCUUGGAGAAACAUUUAAAGAUUUUCCUGCUGCUGCUGUAGGGCUUAUGGAGACCUUACUUUCCAUAGAUCCUGCAAUUCGGGGAACUGCAGCAUUGGCUCUUAAAAGUGAGUUCUUUGCAACAUGGCCACUUGCUUGUGAUCCUUCAAGUUUGCCAAAGUAUCCACCCAGCAAAGAGAUUGAUGCAAAAUUGCGGGAUGAAGAAGCUAGAAGGCAAGGAGCAAUGGCAGUCAGGAGCCAGAGGGUUGACCGGGAUAUGAGAGGAUCAAGAGAUCUGCGGGGAGGUCCAGCACCUGAAGCUAAUGCUGAGUUAGCCAUUUCAAUGCAGACAAGGCAGGGCCAUUACAGUCCGAAGAGCCGAAGUGAGCUGUUCAACCGUCGUCGGGAGGAAGCUGCUGUUGGGUUUCCCAUUGAUCCACCUAGACUGAGACAAUCAGUAAAAGAAGUGAGUAAAGAUCUAAUGGAACAGAAUCCAAAGAGAGCUUCGCAUUCAGGGCCUUUGGUUCCAGGGGUUGGAUGGGCAAAAGGAGGAAAGAGAGGUGAUGGUAUUUCCAAUGUCUCAAUCAGAGGCAACUUAUCCACCUUAUCUGGUUUAGUAGCCUCUAGGACUUCAGUUUCGGAAGAGUGCCGAGAUAAACUUGAUUCUUCACGACCUGAGGCAACAAAUCAAGUGGGCAGGCUUUCGGAAUCUUAUGAGAAACCCACUAGAAAGCAGGAUUGGAAGCAUCAGACUCAGAAUAUUGCCGGUUCUCAUCAGACAGAAGAUGACAGAGCCAGUACUAAAGAACCACAUGCGCAUGGGCAUGGGUUUAGGGGAAACAAGAUCCAUUUCUCAGGUCCAUUAUUUGCUCCAUCAAAGAAUGUGGAUCAGAUGCUUAGGGAACAUGAUCGACAGAUUCAAGAAGCUGCUCGACGAGCAUGGCUUGAGAAGACAAGACUUGGUAAGGUUCAAGCUCUAGAUGUACAGAAAACAUCUAACCCAAUAUACACAUCCACCCGUGGAGCUGGGUAAAUCAGCCGUCAAUCAGCACAUAGAGAGAGAGAGAGAAAG